AUGAAUUAUAUUGAAUUUAAUCAUAAUCAAAAUCACGUUCAAUGUUUAGCACAUAUUAUAAAUAUUGCAGUUCAAGAAAUUUUACAAUAUAUUGAAACUGAGAAUAUUGAAGAAGAAAAUGAAUUAAUUAAACAAUUAUGUUGUGUAUUAGAAAUUUUUAAUAAAGCUAUUAAACAUAUGUCACAAUCACAAUAUAUUAUACUUUCAUUAUCUAUUCCUAUUUAUAAUAUGUUAUUUGAUCAUCUUAAAAAACUUUUAGAUGUUAAAAGUAAUAAUUAUUAUCAUUAUUCAGAAAUACUUUUAGAUCCUAGAAUAAAAUUAAAAUACUAUCAAACACAAGAAUGGGAACAAGAAUAUAUAAAUGCAGCAUUAGAAACAGUUACAAAUUUAUAUUUUAAAUAUUAUAAAUAUAAUUCUACAACAAACCUACAAGAAGACGAUGAUCCAAAUGAUUUUUUUGCUAAUAUUUUUGGAAAAAAUAAUGAUAUUAAAAAUGAUGAAUUAGAAGAUUAUCUUCAAAAGCCUAUAAUUCCAUUUAAAAUGGAUCCAUUACAAUGGUGGAAGACAAAUAAAGAAAUUUAUCCACAACUUUCAUCUAUGGCACAAGAUUUUUUAGCUAUACCGG